GCACAUGGCCAGAAGCUCUCGUUUCAGUUACAUAUUUACCCCAGCGCUCAGGCCUGGCACUGGGAGCAAUGCGUUGCUUCUUCCCAGGCAGGGCUUGGCUCCUGAAACCGCUGUCUUGGUGCCCAAACCUCCACCGCUGGCGACCCCCGACGUCCCCAGGGGUACUCCUUUGACGAGGAAGGGGCGGAGGGCUAACCCUGUUCACGACCCUCGCAGCCGCAGGUUUCCCGCCUUCCCCGCAGGCCACUCCAGGCGGCACCGGGGGCCCCCGCCCACCUGCGCGCCCGCGCUCACCAGCGCCCAGAGCGCGGCCUUCCUUCCCGGCUCGCGGGCGCAGGCGCACAAAGGAGGGGAGGAGAGCUCGGCAGCAUGGCGUCUCGGGCUAAGCGGAGGCGAGCGGCAGGGCCGCCCGAGUGCCGGGAGGAGGAAGGCGGCGGCGGCGGCGACACGGAGGACGACUCCUCGGAGGAGCCGGGCAGCGAGGAAGACAGUGACGACGACGACGACGAGGAAGAGCUUAACCAGGUAAAGGAGCGGCCGGGGUUCGUUCCUCUCCCGCCGCCGUGGCUUUGGGAGCACCUUCUGCCGCCGCGAAGGCCCCUCUGCGCCUCAGGGUCGUCGCUUGGGACCCAUGGCGUCGGCGAUGUUUCUUCUCUCGCGGAAGUGGGGGGUGGGCGUGGGGAGACGACCACCGGCGACCCUCUGACCUGUCUUUAUAGCCCCCACCUGCCUCAUCCGUCGAGGGGGCUGGAAACCAAAGGUUCCUCGUCCCUGUUGUAGAGGCAGGGGGGGCUGCAUGGGAGGGCAGGGCUCAGUGCUGUUUUUUUUAAGGGCCAGGGCUCAUCCUAAGACCAUAUGAAGUAACUUCAGAGAGAGAUUGAUUGAUUGAUUGAUUGAUUGGCGGUUCUCUGAGUAUGUGCUAGGUUACCCGCUGAAAGUGCAGGUCAGCUUUUGCCACUAAGAGUGCAAGAAUAGAUUGGUGUUAAAGCAGCUUUUGCCCAGUUGACAGAUGAUGAUGACGAUUACUAUUUUUUUUAUACGCUACUUUUUUCGUGGAUGAGACUCCAGGCAGCCUCCAGAUAAAAACAAGAACCACUAAAAGCAUAGGAAAAAAGCAAUGAUAUGCUAUACGCCUGUAUAAAAUCUGUUUAAAUAAUUGCAAUAAGAACAGCAUGGCACCACCAGCCCCUUAAUGAAAAGCAGUCAAUUCUGAAAAGCCUGUUGGAACAAGAAACUUACGAUUGCUUCGGGGCAUAUUAACACCAGCACAAAGUUUGAAGUAGGCUUAACAGGUCACUUUUGAGAGUAGUGCAACUAGCACACUGACACUGUUACGCUAUUUCUUUCAUGGGACAGCAGAAGUAGGGGGAUCUGCUUCAGGGGCUGUCUUGUGAGUGCCUGCCGGUAAGAUUGGUUAAGUUACCUUAAAAAACAGACAGGAUCUUCUCCAUGGUGGCCCCAAAACUGGAACUCUGUUCCAGUUGACAUAUGCCUUGUCGCUUUAUUACAUACAUUUAAGUUGGCCUUGAAAAACUUUUCAAUGCUGCAUUUAACUGGGUCGAUAGAUACCUGUAUGUUCAGAGGAGCAUGCUAAAUGUAAAUUACAGUGGUACCUUUAGUUAUGAACUUAAUUCGUUCCAGAAGUCCGUUCUUAACCUGAAACUGUUCUUAACUAGAGGCGUGCUUUCGCUCACGGGACCUUUUGCUGCCGCUGCGUCGCCGGCACAUGAUUUCCAUUCUCAUCCUGGGGCAAAAUUCUCAACUUGAGGUAACUCUUCCAGGUUAGUGGAGUUUGUAACCUGAAGCGUUUGUAACCUGAGGUGUUUAUAACUCGAGGUACCACUGUAUACACAUUUCUAGUGUUACUUUGUGAGGAUGUAGCCUUAAAAAAUUGCUUUAAAAAUAAAUAAAUGAGACAGUUCGUUGCACAAGGAGAGAGGAUGUUGCUGAUCAUUGUCCACCCUCCCCACACCUCAUUUAGAGUAAUUUAAUAGAUACUACAGAUUGCCACUUGUACAUGGUAAGCAUCUGUAUCAGGUAAAUCUUUAGUACUUCUAAGAUUGGAUGUUUCCAGUCCCCCCCGCCACCCUCUUAACUUCUUUUGAGGUCAAUAUUUCAUUGCAAACACCUGUGUGAUUGUCUUUUGUGCUUAUUUACAGGAAGUAAAUAUUGAAUUUGAAGCUCAUUCAAUAUCUGAUAAUGAUAAGAAUGGAAUAAAAAAAUUACUGCAACAGGUAUCUAUGUUUCAUCUGGUGACAUUUGUAGCUUUUUAUGUGAAAAUGUAAUGAAGAGAAAGAAUACAAAUGCCAUGAAGAAAUGAUAAUGCGAAUUAGUAUAACUGUGACUUGAGUUCAUGAGUCCCUAAACUAUUGCAGAACUUACAUAGGUUGUUCUGUUGCAUUCUUAAGCAUCUUCACACACUAAUCAUUUGCAGUAUCUGUAUCCAAGUUUUGCAAUAUUUCAGGGUCAAACUGAACAUUUAUCUUAAAAGCAUGUUUGAAUUCCAUGCUCAGGAUUCCGACAUCUUUAUUUUAUAAAACUAUCCGGGGGGGGGGGAUGCUGAAGGAGGGGGUUAACUCUUUUCUCCCACUCUGCUGUAUUUGCCCUUGAAGCUGCUCUGCUUGUUUGUGAGCAGGUGGAAGUGGUUCAGAUCAGGGACCCUGCUAUUGCAUUCAGUAAAGAAAAAGACAUGGAGAAUCCCAAGCGCUGGGUUCAAAAAUGCCUUUAACGUGCACUCAGUUGUGUCUCAAGCUGGAAACUUAAUUUUUUUUCUGAUUCCUAAAUUGAUUUCAACCCCCAUGCACUUCAGAACUGAAGAUCAUGCCACAAUUCUGAUAUAAUAAAUUCAUAUGACAGCAGGGCUAGUCUUCUCUAACCUGGUGCCCUCUGGAUGCUUUGGAAUAAAGUUCUCAUAAUCCCUGAUUGUUGGCCAUUGUGGCUCAAGUUGACUGGCGUAGCCUAUAACGUGGAGAGCACAAGGUUAGUGAAGGCUGGUAUAAAAAGUUACAUUGUGGCACUGAAAAUAUAUGAACAGGAAAAGAAUAUGAAUACACUCACUGAGAAGAGGGGUUUACAACACAAUCCUAUAUGACUGCUCAGAAGUAAGUCCCAUUGAUUCAAAUGGUACUUAUUCCCAGAUAAGUGUGUGUAGGAUCGGAUGCCUAAAUAGGGUGAACCUAAAUGAAUUGUACUAAAAUCAAUUUGUUUUGGUCCUAGAAUGCUAGCCUAAUGUUAGUUUUCAUGGAAAUUCAGUCUAUGGCUGUUUCUAGCUUUCAGGGAUAGAACACUAAAAGUUGUGGCUGGCAAAUCUGACUCCACAAAGCAAUAUGAAUCUUAAUAAGUGAUCCAGAAAGUGUUUUCCUACUAAAACCCUGCACCACUCUUUCCCUUCCAGCUGUUUCUAAAGGCUCCUGUUAGUACAGCUGAUCUGACUGAUAUAUUGAUACAACAAAAUCACAUUGGGAGUGUUAUUAAGGUAAGAGAUCUAAACCCAUCUUAAUUUAUGACAUUUUAUGGAAUAAAUCUGUUGAUGGUUAACAAGAUAUAUUGAUCCUUGGUUAAUAUGACAUUUGGGGCUGAAACAUACAUGCUUUAUUCAGGGCAUCUGUCUACAGCACAUAUGGUCCAGGAGUAAAUAAUGCAUAUCAACAAUUAUUUAAGCAAGCAACAAAAUGGACUUUCCGCUUACUGCUAUGGUAGCAGUACUUUUGAUCCAGCACUAGGAGCAUGAUGAUUUUUGAUAAACAAAAAUAAGGGAUAAAAACACAUAUCUCUAGGGGGCAAAAAGCUAGUUUGCAUCUUUUUCCUAAUUAUACCUGCCCGUCCUGAUCCGGUAUAAGUUGCAGUAGACCACAAACAGCAUCUAAUCUUGGCAAAAUAAAAACAAAAGAAUUUGAAUGCAGGGCAUUACAGAAAGAGAAAUUAUUCUUGCACAUGUUUUUAAUGGGCUACUGGUCAUACCUCCACCAUUGAUGGGACCCAGAGCAGAGCCUACCCUACAGAUUGCACCCUUACUUUUAAUACUGAAAAUAUGAACUUUUGGAAAUACUUAUUCUGGCCACACUUUGGGCAUGGAGUAGUUGUUAUUUGUUGUUGGUCAUGCCCACUAAGUGCUUGCAACAGUCACAGAAAAAUGUACUGCAUAUGUUACUUAUAACACUGCCGGUUAUGCUAGUUUCCAUUUUCCCCUGGUAAACCGUCACAAACAAAACAAAACAAAACCAUUGGCCAGAAGUUGUGGCACAAGAGAACAGCACAUCUACAAUACUGCUGCCAAGUCUCUGAAACAUUCAUAAAAUCAAUGGACUUAGAUUGGGACAUUUCACCUUGGGAACUGAGUUGCCAUCAGUUUUUACUCUCAGCGACCUUUGGUUUAUGUUUCUGUGUCCACUUAUUCUGAGAAGGUGGCCCACUGCUCUGCUUGUCUGCUUGUGCUACCAUAUGGUUAUGCAAAGGGAUGGAAUACAGAACAGCUGGAAUGUCAGUGGUCAGCUGGGAAAUUCUAGCAAAAUUCUGGUAUGAUUGCAAGUCUCUGAUCCUUGAUAGUUAAAGAAUCUAGACGCAGUUUUAUCAUUUCAGAUAGACAUUUACCGGUAUCUAGCCGCUGGAACUAUGGAGCAAAUAGGUCACAGUCUUGAGGUGGAUAUAAUGGCACGGUUAUAAUAGAAAAAUUAUUUAUUAAAAUUUGUUCUUUCAAAAAUGUGCUACAAGGACGACAUACAGCCCAAUUCUACGAAUGCCUACUCUGAAGUAAGCCGCUUUGUGUUUAAUAGGCUUUUUUCCUUAUAUAUAUAUAUUGACAUUCUCUUCUUGACUAUGAUGCUUGCAGAAAGACUUAAUAGAGAACAUGCAUUUGGUUGUAUUUUCUCCUUUGUUUUCUGUUUAAUAGCAAGCAGAACUUUUAGAGGAAAGUGAUGAUGAUGAUGAUCCUGAUGAGGUCUUUGGCUUCAUAAGUCUGCUGAACUUAACUGAAAGGAAGGUCAGUAAUACUACUUUGUAUUUAACUAUGAUGAUAAUCUGCCUGUCAAUUAAAUUUGAAUAUUUUGGCACCUCAGUGUUAUCCAUCCUUUUCCCUUUUUUAUUUCAUAUAGUUAUGUUUUCUUUCUGUCUGGCAUCAGAGUGAACACAGUCAAUACAAAUAGAAACAUCUGCUGGAAAUGAUUAAACAUCACACCCUUUCCAAGAAAAGGGAGUGGAGGAAGCCUUCAUUAAGAACAUUUUUUGUUCAGUAUAGUUGCACGCAAUUCAUUGGGGUCAGAAAUACCUCACAAUAUUAAGUACAAAAACCUACACAGGUGGGAUGUGGGAUCUAAUUGUGGCCACAUUUUUAAACAUAAUUUGUAAUUAGCAUACAUAUAGCAUAAUUAAAACUGUUCCACAAGUAUAGCAGUCCAAUACUCAUAAGCUUUGAAUUAUCUGUAACAAUAAUAAUCUCAGAACUUGCAACUAUAGUACAAUAGGCCUGCAACAUACUUUGGGUUACGUUCCAGGCAUUUGCGCACAAAGGUAAACUUGUGCAAAGGCAGGAAGACUCCCGGAACAGCCCACACAUGACUAGCUUUACCUUACUGGGCUGUGGGAAGGUUGUGCAAGGCUUCUGGAAGGUUGUAGGAGGCAUCCAAGAGAUCUCGUGGUAGCCUUACAGAGCCUUGCGCAAUGUUUCCAGGGUCUGGUAAGCUUUAAAACUCUUUCUUCACUAGAAAACCUGACGUGGAAAGUGCCUUGUUUUGCUGGGCUCUAGGAACGUCAUGCAAGAUCUCAUGGGCUCUUUAAAAGAUCUCGCAAGAUCUUAAACAGCCCUUUUCAACUGCCCCCCCCCCGCUCUCCAUUAAUUAAUUUAUUUUCCCACCCCCACCCCCACCAAACUGGAAUUGCAUGAGUAAAUCAUGUAUAAGUUGUGGGUCUGCUGUCCAUAAUUCUCAAGCAGCCUGUGCACAAUCAUCACAUUUCACAGCUGCAUGAAUUGGAUAGGUAAAACGGUUCAACUAAAACAAAUAAUUGCUGUAACUUUCUGUCGUCAUUUUGAUUGCAGACAUGACACUUUUGCCUUCUCUUGUUGCCAAGCAGUUCUGAGGCUGCUUUUCUUAAAGUUCCAGGCAAGCUGGCUCUGUGUAUCAAAACUCAACUCAGGGUUUGAUAAAUUGUAGACUUGGGUCCUGGAGUGCUGGUGCCAGUAUGGGCUGUUGAACUUAGGGUAGGCAAUGUCUGCUAGAUUGGAAAAACCACCAUUGGCUACCAUUUGAUCGUGCAUUUGCAUGUGGUCACAGAUGUUAACACUACCUUUGGUUUCAUUUAAUAAAUCAAUAAAUAUAAUAAGGAACGAUCUCAGGCAGGGAAUUCUGGUCUGAUAUUGUUGCACUAUUAUACAUUGACAAAAUAAUAAGAAUGUUCCUUUCUUCCUUUGAUACAUAAUUUACAAGUGUCAGAUAUUCUUGAAAAAACAAAAACACUGUUGUUGACACUUUUGGAUUCAUGAGCCAGGAACUCUGGGGGAAUUUAAGGCUUGUUUCUUUUUCUUCUAUUUGUUGAUAGGAGCCAGGUUUUCUUAGCUAAUCUCCCAAGCAGCAACACAAUAGUGAAAUUAUCAGUUGCUAUAUUCUAUCUAGCAGGCUAUAAAUGUGUUAAUUUUUCAACCACCAUCUACCUAUGUUUUGAGCUGCUGAGACAAAGCAGCCAUAAUUUUAUGCCAUAUUUUGUGGGUUUGGAUGGCAUAUAUUGCCUUGUUGGACGUCUUCCUCUGAACAGCCCUAAUUGUUCAUUAAUUGUAACAUUCUCAUACAGCACAAAGCAAUGUGAGAGUGGCUUGAUGAACAUUUCACAGGUCGUGUGUAGUGGGCAAGCGUCCUUCACAUAAAUAAUUCAACAUUAAAGCCUAUCGCCACAUCUUUUGAUUCUUUUGAAGGAGGCCAGCGGCAAUGCGUCCUGGAAGUUUUGCAGCAACCCUCAACAACACAUUUUGCAAAGAUCUUCCUGUAAACAGAGAAAUGUGAUCAUCCAAAGCUUCUUAAUUAAGAGUUGCCAUUAAGUCUAGCCAUCUGCUGAAGUGAAGGUGUACGUUGCUUGCAAAAAUGUGCAGAUGCAGUUGAAGUUGCAUUGACCAAGUUAGCAAGUUUUGUAUAAACAAAACAGGUUUAUAAACAGGUUUUAAAACUUGUAGGGGUACUGUCAAUGACCCCUAAAACCAUUUGUAGUAAUGUUAAGGAAAGUGAGUAAUUUUUCUGGUAUGAAAAUUAUGGAAAUGUUAUUUCACCUUCUGUGCUCUCUUCCUGCAUGAAUGAAAAGAAUGAAGAGAGUCUAGGUGUCUGUUGAAAUGGCAGGUGAAAACUUUUGGAGGGAUGAGUUUGAUGUGACACUUCAUGUGUCUGGCUGUGUGACUUUCCAGGUUAUUUAAAUAUUGAAAUGAUAAUAUAUAUAUUUUUGAAAAAUAAUUUAUGCAACUUUAAGAAUCCUUUGAAGGAUGUUAGUUUGCAGGGGUGUAAAUAUGUCUAUUAAUCUAACAAAGUGGAACAUAUGCAAAUAGCAAAAGUGAAAAGAAUAAAAGUGCAAAAUCGACAAAAAUAAUCCCAGUGGUUGACUUUAAUUUGGCUUUGCAAUAAGACCUGCAUGAGCCAUUACACUGUUUUAGAACGUCACCAAUGGUGCUAGUAGGCAAUAGCAAACUAAGUCAUACUUGGAAUAGAUUCACUGAAAUAAAUGGAUUUAACAUUGGAUAUCACCUAAUAUCUGUUCAGUCUCUUUCUGGAUGAGUGCAGUCAUACUUAAGAGCUGUGGAAAUAAUUGUUUAAUUGAAGAUUAUUUCUGUAAGGAAAGAUCAUGUUGGUACUAGAAUGGUGUUACUCAAUAAACAUUUAAAAACUCAGUAGGAUCCAGUUGUAGUUUCCUGUUGUUUGCAUUGCUUGAACAAAAUUAUAACCCAAUGUUUUAAUGCAUUGAUUUAUCACUUUCAUUUGCUUUAUUAGGCCAUUUAUGCUGAGUACUUCAUAGAAUUUUAUAAAGUAUUCUUUUAGUCAUGUGGCUGGCUCUGUGGCCCUAAGCAAGAGUGGAAUGCUAAUGCUUGGUUACCAUUUUUGUCAUCCUUUCAGAAUUAAAACUCCCCUACAUGCAUUCGUUUGAGCGUUGAUUAAAUAAUCUAAAAAGAAAUUCCUACAAAUCAUUAAAAGUCACAGCAAGAAAUUUCCCAGAGUCCUGUAAAACGAUGCCCAGAAGCUCUCUUUUCAAGUUGCCUUAUGUAAAUAAUUAUUCUGUAAUGCAAAGAAAAUCUGUCCUUUGAUUCCUAGGGUACCGAAUGUGCUGAACAAAUUAAAGAGCUGGUUUUAAGCCAGUGUGAGAAGAACUGUGAACAGAGUAUGGUUGAACAGCUGGAUAAGCUCCUAAGUGACACCACCAAGCCUGUGGGCUUCCUACUAAGUGAAAGAUUCAUUAAUGUACCUCCCCAGAUCGCUCUGCCCAUGCACCAGCAACUGCAGUAAGAGCUUUUCCAAAACCAUUUUUGAACAGAUUUUUUUUUUUUUUUAUCCUCGGAUGACCUCUGAAAUCUUAUUUAAAUGGAAAUGUGUAGAGUGUGAAGAAAAAGGUCCCCCGAGAAGCAGAAACCAACAUUUUUAGUAUUGAUCUCUUAAAGUGGCCUUUGGUGCAAACAUUCAAUAUUUCACAUAUUGUGUAUAGGUGAGUUUUACUCAUAUGUGAAAGCACUUUGUAAGGGAUGAAAAAAGCCACUUAGAAUUACUCUGCAAUAUAUUGGAUCCAGACAAAUGUGUUCUGUGAAUUGUUUUGAGAGUUGUGCUGUCGCUUGGAGAACACUCACUAAAAACAGCUACAUUCUAACCAUUUAUCUUUCAUUAUAGUGGUUUCUAUUCCUGGCAGAUUGGUUACAGAAAUUUGUUUAAAUUUCUGAACUUUUGACUAAACACUGGAUAUUUAUUUUAAGAAUUAAGGCUGAUAAGUGAAAUGCAUAACCAGAGAUCAGUAAGCAGUUUUAGCAAAGCUGAUGCCAAGAAUUCAGAGAAGAAUCUUUAGUUGUUUGUAACGAUUUUAAAUAGUUCUGGCAGUAGAAUAAUUUGCUCUUUCCCCCUGGUUGCAUGGCCUUGUUUGUUUGUUGUUGUUACAUCAGUUUCCUGAUUCAGACAUCACAGAACACUGGAUUUAAGGAAUAUUAAAUAGUCAUAAAAACUGGGAGCAAGGAGUGUAGUACAGACAUAUUCCUGGUCCAAUAGGCUAUGGGUUAUAGAACUGGAAGUGCCCACAGCUUUGGUUCAUGUAGAGAGAGCUUCACCACAGUUUGGGCCAUAUACUAAAUCAAACCUUUCUUAGUAGAGUUGCUGCAAACCACUCUCCAGGCGUUUGUGGUCUAGCUAAGCCAGAAUUUGACUUAGCAUGUUGGGUGAACUAGGCCAGUGGUUUUGCCCAGUAACCACCACCUUUGCUUCUGGAACGUUAGGUGAUCUUCCUUAAUGCCCUUACAUGUAAAAAGAGAGUGGAACAGAAAUAUUUAAUUUCACAAUUAUUCCCCUAAGCAGAUUAUGAAUUCUCCUGGAGGACCAUAGGUCUGCAGGGCUCAUGAAGGAAAAGUCUUCAGUUUCAACGAAGCAGCUUUUUUGCUGUGGAGUGAGAUGAAGAGAGGCAGUGUGAAGAAGAGGAAGGAGAAAAAGAUGCAUAAUCCUAAAGUUUCCUUUUAUAUUCUAACAAUAGCAGGAGCAUUUGUUGCUCAGAAUGUUUUCACUCACCUCUUAAGGGGUGGUGGAACAGUGUGUUUAUUCAUACUUCUGAGGAUUGUGUUGGCACAUGAGAAAGCACUGUUGUGGCAAAGCAGGCAUCUUUAUUUGCGGAUUGGGCUGAAAAUAUGUGAAUCUCUUGAGUGAGGUCUGGACACAAUAGAAGUGUUUUCCGAUUGAUCUUUCCUGCAGUUGUGCAUAGGUUUGACUGAAGCAUGAAGAAAUUUUUGGUGUAAAUAUGUGUUUAUUUCUAGGAAAGAACUUAUUGAAGCUCAAAAAACAAACAAACCUUGUGGAAAAUGCUACUUCUAUCUUCUAAUUAGCAAAACUUUUACUAAUAAGAAGAGUAAUAUCAGAAAAAAGGGAAGCAGCAGCCGUCAGAAAGAAGAACUGAUGUUUUCAAAUGCUGAGGAAGAAUUCUUUUAUGAGGUGAGACUUCGUUGUUGUUGCUCGACUUUUUUGGUGUAUUUUGAUGUAUACCGGGGAACCUAAAAGAUUUGAGGCUGUUUUUCUUUCUAGCGUGUAGCAGCUAUUGAACGUGGUCAAGGCAAUUGUUCAGCAUAGAUGGAAAGGGGGCAGGGAAAACAAAGACGAAAGAUCUCCAUUGCUCUUGCACCCCAGUUCAUGCAUCCUGAUUCAAUGGAGUCAGCUCCAGGUUCAAUUGCCACCGCUACUGCAGCAGCAGCUUUGCUUGGAAUGGCCUGCAUUGAAGCUGUCCUUGGGGCUGAAUGGGGAAUGAAUUUGGUUUUGCCAAUCCUAGUCACGAGGGCUUGUCUCUGGCUAGUAGAAGUAUAGCUUGGGUGCUGCAGUCUGCUGUCAGGGAUAUUUCUGUGUGCAAAUCUUGCCUGUGUUGAUUUAAGGGGUGGCAGCUAGUGCGCUUUUUUUUUUUUUUUUUUGGUAAUGCUUCCCUGCCCCAUCCUCUCCCUACCCUUUUAAACUUCCUCAUUAUUUGCAUGCAGUGUCCCACUUGAUUUAAUACAGGGAGUAGUGUUUUUCAUUAAUUACCAGAUUAAUGAAAAUCUGCCAGAUUUCAGAUAAUAUUCUUUUAGCCCCGGAAGCACUUGUACACACAUUCAAUAGUUCAAUCUGUUGUUUAUACAAAGAUACUCUUUUCUCCACAGGCAUAUCCCAGAUUAGCCUAGCCUAGCACUGCAGUUAUAUUCAAGCAGACCAGACAUAAUAAGUUCAUGGCCAUAUUGUACAUUGCUGUAAACUGCUUAGAGAGUGAUGUAAAUGGACAGGUAGUCUAUACAUAAAAGAUAAAGACAAUUGCAAUGCCUGAUCUUUAAAAAAAUAAUUAGUCCUGCUUGUAGAGAGAUUUGAAGAUGCAGUUUCCUUUGUAUGUUCCAGUUUUCAGGGGUUGCCACCAUAUCUGAACAUUUAUAUAUUGAUUUAUCAUGUUUUUAAACUUCUCAUGACAUUGUAUCAGUCCUUGCCAUAAUACUUUCUGAAAACUAAAAUGUGGUUUAGAACACUUUAAAAUUGAGUGACAUCAUGAAAAAAUAAUAUAAUUUACAUGCAUCCUAUUUAUUUGCAUGAUCAGGUAGGCAUACCAUGUGCUUUUAAAACAGAAUAUGGGAAUUAUCUGAAAAAUAAAGAGUUGUCCAAGGCUACAUCUUAACAUGAUGCUAUUUUCCCUUGGUUCAGCCUACUGGUUCAUUAUAUUUUUCCAGAGUCUCCUUUAGGGUGUGCAGUGACCUUUUUCAGCAUUUAUCUCUGCAUACUAUGUAGAAGCAUUCAAGCAAGUCUAAAUUUGGUAUGCAAGUUUAUGAAACGUUGCACACCAAGUUCCAUAAUAGGACAUCGAAUCUUCGGUUACCACUGUGCCUUAUUAAAAUGACUUUACCUGGCCUUUCUUUGUAGACAGUGUAAGUUAUAUACGUAUUCUUAAUUCUUUUUUAAAAGGAAGCAGAAAUAUGGCAAUUCAAAUGCUUUUAACGAGUUUGCUUAUUUUGUUUUAGAAAUCGCUUCUGAAGUUCAGUUACUCAGUAGAAGAGGAAAGCGACUCAUGUUUGGGAGGCAGAUGGUCUUUUGAAGAUGUACCCAUGAAACCUUUACGAACUGUGAUGGUAAUCCCUGCUGACAGGAUGAAUUCCAUCAUGGAUAAACUCAAAGAAUAUCUUUCUGUCUGAACCACUCUCUGAGCUAACGGUUUUGUGAAGUCACCCUGUAAAAGUUAUUCGACUUUACAGUGGUGUCUAGAAAUUUUCCAUACCAAUUCUGCAUUAUUUCAGGAUCUCCUUUAUAUUCUUAUAAAGUACAUCACCUACACAACUUAUUCUUAUUGGCAGAGAAUUGCCAUUUUGAAACAUCAGUGAUUACAAGUGCAAUAAAAACCCUCAAAACAGUAAUCACUUAAUUAUUGUUGAAAACUUUUCUAACUAACUGUAGGUUGUUUCCAUGUUGCCAAAGAUAAUAACAAAAAACUCCUGCGAUUUUGUUCUGUUUUAAAAUCAUUUCUCAUGUCAUAUAAAAGCUGGUGUUGGGAAUAUAUUGUACAUAGAGGUUAUAUACUUCAACACAGUUUGGGAUAGCAAACUUAUUGAAUAAUGCAUCGCUGUUUGGCAGGUGUUUCAGGAUAUUUUUUAUAUUCUUUAUCUUUGCUGUUUGUUUUUUCUUCCUUGCCUGUUGUUGAAAUGGGUGAUAAAUGAUUGAUUUCUUCCUGCAGAAUAGCCUUGCUCUCACUGGCAGGCAGAUUACUAAAAUAGUAUUGAGGUGCCAGCUCCACAAAUCUGUUAAGAAACAGAAUAAACAAGUGAGGGUAUAUUUUUUUUAAGAAGGCAAUUUUUCAAUAUUUUCUAUGACUGUUUUAUGACUCAUGCAGCAAAUGCUUACAGACAGGAACAUUUUGAUGCAUUAAAUAUAGAGCUGCAUAGCUGGAAUCGGUUCCAAAUUAUAUAUUCCAGGUAAAGUGUACAUAUAAGAUUAUACAGUUUCUUUACAAAUUAAUAUGUUCCGUUUGCCUUGGAGUGCUAGUAGUUGGUUUCCAGGUGUUGCAAUCAAAAUAUAACAUAGUCCUGGAUAUGAGUAUACUCUUUGCAAAUUCUACCAGAAGCUUCAGUGCAUAACCUAUUUAAAUUUAGGGAAACUGUAGAAGGGCACAAUUUUUAUCUAUUUUAGUAGUUUGGGGAAAAGGAAUGGUUUCCUGCUACUAUGUGCAUUAUAGCAUUUCAAAUAAAUUCAGUCAUCACUAGCCACACAUGUGCGGAAUUAUUAGUUAUUCAUUAGUGCUCCUGAUUCAAUAUAUAACAUGAAUUUUGUUUAACUUUGAUUUCACAUCUGUGUAUUGGUUCUGUGUGCCAGGACACAGGAAUAGAUAUGCUCAGAGUUAACUUGUCCAUUAAUUUCAUACUAGUCUUAACAUUGUCUAUCACCCAUAUUCUUCAGUCUAUCUUACUAAAAGGGGGAUUGCAUUGUAUCAAUUUGAACUUACUACCUGCUUAAGCAGGUGCAUCAAACCAAGUUGUGACAUAGGACUGAAAUAGCUGAAGGCUAAACAUUUCAUUUUUAAAUUUCUAAUUAAAACUUUACUCCCUUAUCCAUGGUUCAGUAAGUGAAAUGCUUUUAACCAAAAUGUACUUAUUUAUUUAAUAGAAAGCACUUCUGAAGUUCAGCCAUGCUGAGCUGCAAGCUCAAACCAUCUGCACGGAAACAAAUUCUCAGUAUGAAGUCAAUGAGAACAUGUGACUAUAGCCUGCACUUUGUUUCCUUUUGUAAGGCCCUUUUAAAAACAGUUAUUUAUCUAUGCCACCAAGCAAACAGUGAAGUUAAAAUGAUUUGCUCAAUGGCUAUUUCUGGACAACUAAUGUGGAGCUUGUCAGGUAGUACUUCAUUACUGGGAUUUUGCUUGAAUGGGAGACUAGGAGCAUAGCUUGGGCUGAUGGGCCCAAAAUGAGCAACUCCAUUCUGCACUGAUUCUGCAUUUAUUUGGAUCAUAGGAUCAUGCUAGCCCUGCAGAUAAAAUCAGUUGUGAAAUGGUGAGAUUUAAAAACUUUAAAACAUUUCACUUCCUUGCCUCCCUUAAUAUACUUUCAGAAUGCUGACAGAUCUAAUAUACACUUCCAUGAGAUUGUCAGUUGGAUUUCUAUAAUUCAGUGUGAAAGUAUCCUAAUGAUAUUUGAUAUACCUCCCAUAUAAUAACUUUCAGCACAAGUCAUACUAUUUCCACCAAAUCAAAAUUAUGGAACAGGUAGCUACCAAAUAUCCAAACUCUGCAGAAAUGUUAGAGCACACACUUUGUAUGCAGAAAAUCCCACAUGAAAUACAGUCUGUACUGACAACACUGAGCUAGAGGGACUAAUAGUCUGACUCACUAUAAGGCAGUUCUCUGUGGUCAUAACCCGCUUAAAAUAAGAAAAGUGCUAGGAGACCUUUCAACACUAACUAUUGAUGUGGGUGGUGGGGUGCCAGCUUAAAAACACACACACACACAAAUGUAUCUUACUGCUGGAAGCUAAAGGCAAAGAUCACCCACCCUUCCUGUUUCUCCAAUUUUCCCAGGAAGCAAGCUGUGUAAUGUUGGGUUGUGCUCUUAAAUGGAAGUUGUAUGCUACAAACAUGAAUGAAAACCUAAAUUCCAACUUCCUCUUACUCACAGAUCAGGUGAUAUCGCUGAGAUGAUUUUUAGAGAGUUGUUUUCAGGAAUACUGAAUUCAUGGAACACAACCCACUCUGGGAUCCUUGCAGUGUUGUAGUAUAUUGACAGAGGGUGAAGCUGGGCUACUUGCCUGUGCGACAACAUUAAAUAGUUUCCAGCACCAUCAACAUCACGAGCUAUCUAGAACAUGAAAAGUCAAUAAAUGACAUGUAAUUUACCUGGACUUAUGCCUACUGCAGUGUAUUACCUGCAUUCAGUUAUCCAUUAAAUACCAAAAUACGAUCCAAGAAUAGUUGUGUUGUAGUCAAAUGACUACACAAAUUAAUUUUACAGCUUUAAAUGAAUUGUAAGAGGACUGAAGAGUAAGCUAUAGAAUUAAAACAAAUUGGGGGAUAGGAAUCAAAGGGACAGAGCAUUAUUAUGUCAAUACAAAUGAAAGCAAAGUAUUUUGAUUAAAUUAAGCUUUUCCAUAACAUUAAUAAACCUAGAUGAAACUAUCCAUUUGGUUUCCUUACUUGCAUAAAGUAACCAGACAAGAGUGCUUUCUUUAUCCUCAGUACAUUUUCUUUCAAUCCAAAAGCAGGUGCUGAAAUUGGGAGUUCAAUUCGUUUCAUAAUGUCAUCCAAUUCAGCUCUGAUAGCUUCCGCCAUUCUUAGUGCAGAGCAGUUCAGAAAAUACUCUUGACACCACUUUUCAGUACUACGGUCUGCGAGGGGGAAAAAGGUAAAAUUGUGUUUGUUUUUGCUAGAGAAUCCAGUUCCAUUACACUCUAAAGGGACUUAUUCCCAAAUAAAUUUGUACAGGACUGCAGCUUUCAUCCUGAAAAGAGGUUAUUCUGUCAUGCCAGAUGUAAUUAUGAAGAUUUUACCUGGCAGAAUAACCCUUUUUUCAGGAUAAAGGCUACAGUCAUAUACACACUUAUCUGGGGAUAAGUCCCACUGAACUUAAUGGAACUGACUUCUAAGUAUGCGUUUUCUUCAUUAGACCAUAUAAUUUACCAUUUUAAAAUUGGAAUUCAUUGCUAGCCCUCUUCAAGCAUUCCAUAGGAAGGGAAGUAUGAAGCAAAAGGAGCCACUGGAAAGGGUGAGCUCUCUCCCCAUGGUCCUCAUUGUCCUCUUAAAAUAUGCAAGAGCCUCCACAAAAAGAGAAGAAGGCUCUUUGCUUCAGUCACCCUCCCAAACAAUGCCAGUGGCAGAGCUAGCACAGUCAUUCUCAUGGAUUUGCCCCCCUUGUAUUUGCUUAAUGCUGAAUAUGCUGAAGAGGGCUCCUGCUGCCUAUCCUCAUUGCUCACAUUGCCUCUUUCCCUGCUCCUUUUGCUGUUUUUUAUUAUUAAAUAAAAAUAAAAUAGUCUGUUAGCUUAUAGGUCCUCUAUAAGUGAAAGCUGGAAUAAUUGUUCAGAAGCAUUUCAGGAUGAAUUUUUAAAGUGUAAUUAAAAUAUUUGACACACACUUACACAGGCCUGUGGAGCUUGUCCUAGCUUCCUUGUAAGCCCUGUAGACAUUGAUAAGGGUAAAAUGAUCUCCAGCAAGCGACUGCAAUCUCUUCUGUUCCCUGUGGCGGGUUUAAAAAGCAACUAGGAGCUUGUGUUCAAAAGGAAAGAGAGAGAAAUGAAAACAAGCUGAUACGGUGAAAUAAAGCUUACUAUAUGCACAAUGUAUGCUGUGUAAUAAUUUUUUCAUUAUAAUGUUGCCCUCACUCUUUGGUCCUUCAAGCAAAACCUAUGGUUCACUCUCAUCCUCUCCAUUUUGACUGCCACAGUGGGUCUGAAAAUACCCCUGAAAGAGUGGCAGUGUUUUCAACUAAAGCAAUGGCACCAAAACCAUUUUUUUCUCCAGGCUUACAUUCUGGGGAGAAAUGCUGAAUUGAUGAUGUCUGGAUAUUCCCCCCAUAAUACAUAGUUUUGACCUCAUGUUGUAGAUAGGAGCACACAUGACAGAAUGUUUCCCCAUGGAAACAUUCCUGCAAGCAAAACUUGAUGAACCAGGCUUCUCUGACAUGCAAGUCUUCUAUGUAUUUUUUAGGGGGAAGAGGGAGCUGAGAAUUCCAUUGUGGGAUCUCCCAGUUAAUGUGGGACAUUCAAGAGAAGUGCUCAUCACUUCACUGAAUAUUUGCGACAACUGGACCCAAGUGUUGCUACAUUUGCGACAACUAGACCUAAUGUGUUGCUACAAUGCUAGAAAACAGUGGGAUUUAUUUGUAAUUAAAUACAGUAUGUGUAGAAUGAGACAGAAAAGCUAUAAAUGCAUAACAAUGGGAAUAUUGGCACAACAUUGCUUGGUGUGUUAACCUUUUUUGCUACAUCAUUACACUAAGACCAGUGUUUUACUAUAUUGCAGAGCAAGCCUCUAUAGGCCUGUAUAAUUUUAUUCUCAUUAAAUAUUGUGUGGAAGAAGUGACAUAACCCACCCUGAACAUCUGUGCAAAACAAAAAAUAACUUGAAUCCUUUUUAAAUUUACAUUUCAUUAAUUGUGAGUACUGCGAUUUUUCUGGCUCUGAUCUUUAAUCAAUUUAAUAAGCAGAUUAAUUAAGGAAACCUCUGCUUGAUUAAUUGAUAAGGAACAAAUUUAACUGAUGAGGUGAUUGAGUUAAGGGCAUACCUCUUGUCUUUUUUCAAAUUUAUUCUGAUUUAGGUGUGUUAGCAAAAUACAGGGUGAAAUUAUUAAUGAAGCAGUAACUUUUUAAUUAAACUGUAAGGUCUUUCACUGUUGCAAAGGGGCACUACUGAGGUUUUUGUAAUAUUUUAAUUUUCUCAUUUACUUGGUUAAAAGGCAAACUAUGAAUCAACUAAUCAUCCUAUAAAUGGUUGAUGGCAGUAGUUCUAUAUAAUUACACUGGGCCUGAGCAGUAGCCACAAACGCUUCAGAAAAUACCUGUUACCAUGGCAGCAAUGGUGAGCAUUUCUUCCACACAGUCAAAUUCACACGAAGCUAAAAUAGCCUUUGACAGCUGUGGAUCGAUAGGAAACUCUGACAUUAUUAUUCCAAAUUCUGAAAGGUUUCCAUCAUUGUCCAGCGCAGCCAAAUAAUCCAGAUCUUCCAGAGCUUGCAUGAGACUUUCAGGAGCUGGGAUGGGGAGAAAUGCUUAGUUACACUGGUUGUUACAUUCUGUCACUGUUCAGUGAAAUGCCUUUACAGACAGAAUUAAACUAAGUAUUUGAUUAUCACAAGGUUACAGGAAUUUUUGCCUAAUUUCUCUCUCAGGUAAAUUGGUGCAGCAGUUGCCAACUUUUUUGGGUCCAGGGGCACAUUUGGAAUUUUGAGGCAGUGCGAAGUCAGAAAAUUGCCGCUGGGGGUGUGGCCUAGAACAAAAUGGCUGCCACACACCCCAAAAGAGCAAAAAAAGAGAGAGAGGAAUAUGAAAUGGUUCAAAAAUGGAAAAAUCUAUUUUUAUUUUUUGCUCUAUAACAAAAAAGUUUCUUCUUUUCCAGAAACUCUUAAAACUGUUCUCCCCUGUACACAGCAAUGUGGGAACAAACAGGAAUAAAAAGUGAUCAUAUGGAUAAUGAUGCUUCUACACUAGGUCCCACUAGGUGAUCAAACAGGUACACACGCGCGCACACACACACACACACACACACACCGCCCUUGCUGACAGUUCUGGCUAUCUCGGCCUCAUCACUGGAACAAAGAGCAAGCCUUCCCCAGAAGCACCGGAAGCCUUUCCAGAGGUUUGCAAAGAAAAACUUGGUUCCACAGCAGAGCUUCAAUGUGUUCCCGGGGGGAGGGGGGUGCUGACACAUACAGGUUUUGUGUGCAGUAUUGCUUCUAGACUGAGGGCGAUGGAGCUGACAGAUAUAUUGACUGGGAUAGUUGUCCUUCUGUGGUCCUGACAUUUUCCUUGGAAGUGAAAAAAAGGCUAGAAGGUGCUUUCCUGCAAUCUGCUAUUUGGAAUGCCAGUAAAUAUUAUUAAUUAUUCUUAUUAUUAAUAAUAAUAAUAAUAAUAAUAAUAAUAAUACCCCACCCAUCUGGCUGGGUUUCCCUAGCCAUUCUAGGCAGCUCCCAACAGAAUAUUAAAAACAUGAUAAAACAUCAAACAUUAAAAACUUUCCUAAACAGGGUUGCCUUCUAAAAGUCAGAUAGUUGUUCAUUUCCUUGACAUCUGCUUGUAGCUGCUUGUGGCUGUCCACUGGCUUAGAAUGCUACCCAAUUCAUUAUGAUUGGAAUGGCAGCUCUUGUUUUUGUAGGGUUCUGGGGCAACAGGUUAUCUUGCCACAUUUGCCUGGGGACAAACCUAUGCAUGAGGGACAGCCUAGGGAGUUUCACACCUAAUCUGUGCUACCUGUGGUGGUGUGGAUUCCUCCUAGCAGCACACAAGCGCCGUGUGUGUGGCAGAGUGCAUGGAAUGGGUUAAGAAACAAUCUCAUGGCAUCCCCGCCAUUGCCACAUACUGGUUGGUGCACACAUACAUUGCUAACAUUGGAGGAAAGCAUUAAAUCCCUUCUAGUUAUACCAAGGUAAGGUAUAGAAUAAUGACAGCCAUCACAGUUGGACCACUGGGCUUCUCUGAAAGGCUGCAAUCUUCUGCAAAAUUCCUGUGCACAAUUACUUAGCAAUAAGCCCAUUUAAUUCAGCUGGACUAAAUUUUAAUGCAGCAGAUGGGUAACUUUAGAUGUUGCUGGACUACAGCUCUCAUCCUCCUUGCUCAUUGGCCAUGCUGGUUGGGGCUGAUGGGAGUUGGAGUCCUGCAACAUUAGGGCCGCAGGUUCCUCAUCCCUGAUUUAAUGCAUAGGAGUGGGCUGCAUGCCAAACAACUUGAAUUUUUGACCAUCUUACAAUACUCAGCAAAGAUACCAUGUGUUUGCCUAGAGAUCUGAUUUAAUAUUAUUAGAAUUCAGAUCCCUGCCUGCACAUCAUGGAGAAGAGAGAACAUUUAUUAGCCAGCCUGUAAGGUUUAAUGCGAUAAAAGAUGAGUCCUUGAGAAAGUCAAAGCAUCGAAGAAGAAAACAGGUUGGAUAUUUAAGGGGGGGAAAGUUGGAGAGUUUUAUCACUGAGCCAUGAAAUGAAAAGUAACAGCUGAUGAAUGGGAGAAACCAAGAGUCGGUGACAGAAAAAUAGGGAUGCAAGAUUUAAAAGGGGGGGCGGGGCGGCAUGAAUGGCUACUGAGCCUUUGAAGUAAUUACCAGGGAAUCAUGGUAAACUAAUUUCUAUAAAUCAAUAAAGCAGUUUGUAUUGUGAGCUGAAUAUAUGGCUAUUGUCCUUGGAAGCAUCUGGCUCCGCAGCCAAUUCUAUUCUCUGGGGAGUCUUACUGUUUUGCAUUUUUAUAUCUCCAAGUUGGUUGCUCCGAGACUGGGAAACAGGAAUGACUCUAGGCUUUUGCUUCAGCAUUAUAAUAAUAAAAAAAGUGCUUCAUUUUUUAUUAUAUUGGAAAGGACAAGUUAAUAAAUGCAGAUUAUACAGGUGAAGGAACAGUAAUAAAAUAAAAAAAAACCUUGAAUAGGGUUUUCAGAUAUUAGUCUGCAUUUGCAGGCACAAAUGCAGCCAAUAAAAAAGUCAUUGUAAAAAUGGCAGAGGUUCAUUUGAGAAUUCUUUAUGGUAUUGUUCAGGUUUAAAUAAAGCUCAUCAUAAAUAAGAGAAACAAAAGCAACUCCUGUGUUUAAUUCUGAAAGCCUUUCUUAAUAAAGGACAGGGACAUGUAGCGCUUUACAAAAUAGGACUUUAACAACAUACAAUGUCAUUUUUAUUACGUCUGGUCUGACCAGGUCAAUGUUACUGGGAGCCAAGAGGCAAGCUCCACCUAGGGCUUUGUGAAUCAAGGGCUGCCACAGUCACAGUGCACUGAAAAGGAAUCAGCUAUAUAAAAAUAUUCAACUACAUUUGUUCCCUCCAUUAUAUAAAAACAAAAUAGAGCUGCUUUUCACAUAUACCUUUGCCUACUUAAACUGGUUAGAUUUUUAAUACAUUUUAAAAGGGAUAAUUACUAUGCAAAGCAGAAUGUAAAUUUUACAGGUGAAAUUUGUAAAAGAAACUAGCAAACAGCUAACCAUCAUUAUCUGAAGUUCUAUUCAGACAGAAAUAGACAUUGCAAGAGACAUCAUGCUGAUUCUCCUAUUACUGAUCAUGUGUUGUUCUGUACAAGACACUAGUAUGAAAAGAGAAAGAGGCACAGAGAAGCAGCAACUUUGAACCACUUGAGUGCUAUAUUCAGUGUUAUUCACUGUAUUAUAAAAUUCCACGUUCCCAUUUAAACAAGUCUAAUUCCACAGAUGUCAUAGGAAAAAACCACAACUUUAUCUUAUGUCCAAGUAGUUCAAUCACUAAAAAAAAGGAAGGAUGGCAUCAUCAGUAAUCCUUUCUGCAGCUAUGAAAGGUAGGCCAAUACAAUUAUCCCCACGAUGCAAAUAGGAAGCUUAUGCUCAAAGUGAUUUCUUAUGGCCACCUUAAAGAGAUAAUCUGGAAAGGCCAACAUUUUUAAGGAGAGGAAAAUGGUUUAGCUGUCCAGACCCAAAUCUAUCUUGGUAGAAGUGCGCUAGUGCUACAGAAGAGAAUUGUAUUUGCUUACUUUUAAACAUAGGAGGAAGGAGGAAGAUUUGUCUGAUAAUGUGCCUUUUGGUCUUUCCAGGCUCUUUCCCAUAGCAUCUGGACAAAGCAAUUCUCAAUUUCACAUCUGAAUGCGAGGACAUUGGUGCUUAACCUCAGAGGGACAACAAACAUACUAUACAGCUUUGCAAAUGUCUGCAUUUUUCUAUACCUUGCCAUGAAGAAAGAACAGCUUUAAUCAUAGUCCUUAGAAACAGGUGUGCUUUUACUGUGCCAGCCCAAUGGGCUGUAGCUUGGGACACACUUUGACUUGCGGACAUUAAACAAAGAGAAGGUUCACUGGCUGGCAAAUGGCAAGCUGUAAAAUUAUUGUUUUGGCUUAGCUAAUCUACUCAGCAAGCUAAUGUUGCGGGAUAGUUGACUUGGGAGCACCCAUCCAAGACUACUGCCACCAGGUACUACUUUUCUAAUCUAUUGCAUGUAUGGAGAACUUAUAUAAUGUAUCAACACUUGGUAAAUAGC